UGUCUUAGUAAACACAACAGAGUUCCGGUGAAUAUCAAAUUUCUGCCUCUUCGCCUGGUAACCGAUGAAUUUCGUCGAUAACUUAAACAAAUGGACGAGUAGGGUGGAUAUGGACUACGGGAACAAACUGAACCAGGCUCUCUCCUCUAGCACUAAAUUUCUGCCCACAGCAGGACUGCGCGGUGCUGGGCCGUUUCAGCACUACGGCCGGCCCCUGGGCCACGGCGUGAAAGUCAAAGAGGAAGACGAGAGUGUGGAGGAUUUCUUCCAUUUCGCUCAACAUCUUCAGCAGCAAACAGGCGAGUGUCUCACAGCGUGCUGCGGUGGAGCAAACCCUAAAACUAUCCCUCUGACUACCACUCUAAGUACCUCACUUACCGCCUCUCUGACUUCACCUCUGAAUACGCCUCUCAGUAGCCCACCGCCCAAACCGAGCAGCCAGCCUUCAGCCGAGCGGCCAUAUCACUGUCAGGACUGCGGCAAGUAUUUCAGAAUCAGCGACAUUAAGCGCCACCAGCGAAUCCACAGCGGAGAGAGACCGUUCCCUUGUUUCCAGUGCGGUAAGAACUUCCCCACGUCAGGCGAUCUCAAAAGGCACGAGAGGAUCCACACGGGCGAGCGGCCAUACCACUGUCUGCAGUGCGGCAAGAAUUUCUCCGACUCGGGUCACCUUAAGCAGCACGAAAGGAUGCACACAGGCGACAGGCCUUACCAGUGCCCGCAGUGCGCCAAGCGUUUCUACAGAUCAGGCGACCUCAAGAGGCAUCUCCGCAUCCAUAGCGGCGAACGGCCUUACAAGUGCCCGCAAUGUGAAAAGACCUUCUCCGAUUCCGGUCACUUGCGAGGCCACCAGCGCAUCCACACAGGAGAGCGGCCUCACCGCUGCACACUGUGCGAGAAGAGUUUCUUCAGGUCGGGAGACCUGAAGCGUCACCACCGGACACACACCGGAGAGAGGCCAUACCAGUGCUACCAGUGUGGAAAGAGCUUCUCCGAAUCGGGUCACCUGAAAGAGCACCGGCGGAUUCACACUGGAGAAAAACCCUACCACUGCAACCAGUGCGACAAGAGCUUCUCCCGUCUGGAGCGACUGAAAGGCCACCAGAGCAUCCACACGGGCGAGAGGCCAUUUCACUGUGCCCAGUGUGGCAAGAACUUCUUCAGAUCCGGUGAGCUCAAGAGGCACCAGAGGAUCCAUAAUGGCGAAAGAGCAUGAAAUCGCUUCUUAGAGCAUUAGGGCCAGGUUUGAAGGUCUCUGAUUUUAUUCAGGGUGUUUAUUUUAUUUUUGCUUUCCCAUUUGUGGCCAAUCUAACUGCUUAAUCCCCUCGUAUUGCAGAAUCUGCAGGUUUCUGCUGUGUGAAAUGAAUUAUUCCAGAGGGGCUCUGUUUGUCAGCAGGGAUGGGAAUGUUCAUAUGUACAUUUUGGUUGUUGAGAAGGAGGUUUUAGUUUCUAUGCCCAAAUAAUAACAGAGAGGACAUUUACCUGGCCCGUGAUAUUCCAUCUUAAAAAAUGAAAUCCAAGCUAUAGGGACUUCUACUAGGAUGUUUAUUCUAUUUUUAAAUAAACAUAAAAUACUGUAGAUCAUCUGCAUGUUAAAGGUUCCUUGGAUUGCUUUCUUAGUGAUCCAACCCCUGACCCAUUCCAGAUCUUCUUUUUUUUUAGUGUAUAUAUAUAUAUAUAUAUAUAUAUAUAUAUAUAUAUAUAUAUAUAUAUAUAUAUAUAUAUAUAUAUAUAUAUAUAUAUAUAUAUAUAUAUAUAUAUAAUAUAAAAAUCACUACCUCCACAUGUCUUUAUUUGCAGUUGAGCACCGACAGAAAACGGUCUGUUGAAAUGUUCGCUGUUACAGUCUGCUCUAAGGGUUAAAGGAACGAUUCAGCAAAAAACCUGUUCGCACUUUGAUUCCCCUUACCCCAAAUGUUACCUGGUGUUGGCUUCUUUAGUUUCUCUCUGGUCUGCAAUGUAGCUAAAGGCUGAUUUAUACUUGCUGUUAACUGCAGUAUGUGCAUGCAAGAUGGCCAGUGUGCACACCCUUUGGUCAUUUUGCGCAUCACUUGUCCUCAGAAAUCUAAGUGUGACGAUACCGGUAUAAAUAGUUGAGCGCCAUAUGACGCUGUCUAGAACUGACUAAACAAAUGAAUGCCAAAUUUGUUAGCUGUCGAAUUUUUUAACAUCUUAAACCUACCGAAAGGUCUGUUUUGAGUAUCAGUUUUCUGAAUUAGCAAAUACAUGUAAAAAGUACUGUGAUGGUUUUUGAUCUGAGAUGCAGCUCAUGACUAAUGACAUCUGUGUCAGAAUGUUUUAAAGCCAGACAGAGCUCACCAAUGUGUUAAACACUGCAUGUAAUCGCUAAAUGUUGCAGUGGACACGGACGUUCUGGCUUUUACGGGCCAUCUAUUGGGCACCGCUUUUAAUUCUCCAGAUGUCCAUCAGACACGCAAUUAAGAAUGUGAACAAUGCCAUUCAUGUCGCACCCAUGCAUGCAUGUACACGCAGGGGAAGUGAAGUAUAUUUUAAGCCUCAAGAAGUAAUCUUUCCUGCUCUUUUGUGUAAUAAUGUUGCUUUCCUUCUCACCACACAAACAUACCAGCAACCUUAAAUUGCCUCCAAGGUAUGAGUGUGUGUGUGUGUGUGUGUGUGUGUGUGUGUGUGUGUGUGCGCGCGUGCAUGGGGCCAUACAGUGGAUCUGUGUCUCAUAGAAGGUGUGUUCCUUCCUCAUGUCCAGGUUUAGGCUCCGGGUUCAAAAUGGCCCUGACCAGGAAUAAAAGUGGUUACUAAAGAGGAAUGGCUGAUCAAUCUGUUUAUUUAAAAAAAUGGGACUAUGUCUUGUACUGCUUUAUUUGGACUAAAAAAAAUGAAGAGAAAAGAUUUUGAGUAAGACUUCUAUUACUUGUAAUCUCCAUCACAAAACUAAAGAAGCACACGUCUGACGAUGAACACGCCUCGUCUACAUUUGGAGGAAAGGUGGGAACACUGUGUGAAGCAGAAUAUAUUUUGUUUUCUCUGAACUAUUCUUUUAUUUAGUACAUCUUUCUCUCUCUCUCUCUCUCUCUCUCUGCCACACUGAUGGAUCCCCAUAUUUCCAACUCCGUUACAAAGUAUGUAUUGUACAGUACAAUAUUUGUAUAUUGUAGCAAGGUAUAACGUCAAGUGAAAGAUCCUGUAGAACUGUAUAUUAAAAAAAAAAAAAAAAGAUGUGUAUGCUUACAUUCUUUGUUAUUUGCAAUAUUUUUUUAUGUUGCUCUAUUUUUUACAAGUGUGUGCUGUAUACAUUUGUUACGGUGCAGAGACGGUCAACCCGACAUUUGUGAUCCGAACACGUACCUGACCCUUACAAUGGACUACGGAGUUUUUUUGUUUUGUUUUUUUUCCCCUUUUUCCUUUUCUGUCUUUGUUGUAUCACUGUAUGUAAACAGCACACAACGAAUUUGUGAUUGCUUCACGCCACUGUCGUGGCACUGUAUAAUGCUACUGUACUCAUCAUGUAAACAACACACGGGGGGGGGGGGAUAAUCCCUUGUUCAACUACAACGCUCUUGAGUCAGUCAGUGUGUUGUUAGAUCUGGUAUAUCUGAUAAACAGGGAACUGGUGUAUAUAAGUACACACAGUGUCUCUAGCCUGAAGGUGUACAAGUCUAACAAAUUCACUGGUCACUCGGUGUAAGUUGUCACCACUAUGUCGGAAAGUAGUAGGUAACGGGUUAGAGUGUAAGAACGUCUGUUGUGGAAACACAGUUUAUGAUUCAGUUAAUUAGGAUAUGCACUUUUAGGUAAUGUAUUAAUCAAAUCUUUUACAAAUCAUAUGAAUUAGAUUUAGUGUCUUAACUACCUUUUUUUUCUCUUGUUAAAACCAUGUUUUUUCCCUUUUCUUUCUUUCUUUUUUUUUUUUUUUUAAAUCAUAUGUAUCUAUUUAACCAUUUAUGGGUGUGUUUUAGUUUUAUAGGCUUUGAUUCAGUCAGAAUUAUGAAAAAAAAUUAUCAUGAAUAAACUGAAAUGCCCAGUAUUUCUAAAAAUAAAAAAAAAAAAAGAGUGAAAAGACCAAACAUACAAACGGUAGUAUUUAAUACGUCUUUCUGAUUGAAUCCAGGCUGUAGAGUAGGUGUGGGAUUUUUUUUUGUUUUUGUUUGUGUUUGUUUUCCUUUCGAACCCUGGGAUGCCUUUUCCUUUGCCUGUGCAUGAGUGUUUUCUUUAUAUGUUAAUGUAAUUAUCUCUUAUUUGCACAAAAUAAAUACAUAAUCUCUA